GCGCUACGAAUGUUGUCGACGACGACGGUACGCGUACCGCUUUAUCAGUAGAUAAUGUCGUACGUCGAAUCGUGUUUAAGGUGUUUCCACGUUCAGUUUCGUAGUGCACCUGCGUGAAAGAGGAUUCUCGGACACAAAAAUGGCUGCCACACACCUCGACGUCGGUCUCCGUUGCAUCAAGUACCUGCUUUUCGCGGUUAACUCCCUCUUUGUGCUAACGGGGAUUAUGAUAAUAUCUGUUGGCACAACGAUCUAUGCGGUUUACGAGGAUUUCUCUCAUUUUUUGGAUCCCAGUUACUUUUCCCCGGCGACUAUUUUAAUUGUCGUUGGUAUACUGGUCUUUAUAAUUGCUUUUCUGGGAUGUUGUGGAGCUAUUAGAGAAAGUACCUGUAUGGUUCUAGUGUUUGCAGUGUCACUGUCGCUUGUUCUCGUGUUAGAAUUCGCAGCUGCGAUUGCAGCAUACGCUCUUAAAGACGGAAUAAAGGGUCUCCUUGUUGACAAAAUUAACACUACCAUGCACCUCUAUAAACAGAAUGACGAGGCUACAGACGCUAUCGAUUUUCUACAAUCAAGACUCUACUGCUGUGGAUAUAAUGGCCCUCGCGAUUGGGCAGACAUCAUGCCAACAGAAAUGGGUCUACCAGAUUCCUGCAAAAAUUGUAUGAAUAUUGACAUCGUUCAUUUCGGUGCUGAUACUUUCGAAGAUUCCGCAUGCGGACACUAUGAACACGGUUGUAUUAGAAGUCUUUCGAUCAUCAUUAACAGAAGCGCGCUGUAUAUUGGCACAGGUGCAAUCGCGAUUGCUCUCAUUCAGUUAACCGGAAUAAUGUUCGCCUGUAUGUUGGGCCGAGCGAUCAGAAGACAAAAGACGGAAAGGGAAAGGCGUAAAUGGGAGUUGAGACAGAGUUUGGUCGAUGGGUAUCAACCAUUGGGAAAAUCCGAUCCAGUAACAACGUUCCCAGUUGUAUACAUGUCCUCUACCGAACCUUUGAAGAAUCCUUAAAAUUUUUUUCUGUUUCUCGUUCCAACUUUCUAACGAUCGUACUUUUAUUUAUAUGUAAAUAUUAGAGUAACACGAUUCCGUUUCUUAAAGCUGUAGAAACAUUCAGCUCUUGGGAAAAAUAUUAUUUACUUCACCUGUCUCUUCUCCAUUCGAAUUUAAUACUUUGUCUUUCCGAUUUCUUCGAAAAUGUUUAGUUAAGACUUAAGAGAGUUAGGAAAAGGAUGUCAGUAAUCUACGUUAGUAGAAAAUCGUGAUAACAAGUGAUCGUACAGUGGAAAGAGUUUAAUAUAUUUCUACAAUCCUA